ACCCAGACCAGUCUAGACCAGACCUGGCUGACCAGUCCAGAAAGUUCUUAUUGGUAAAGAUGGCAGCCGGUGUCAUCAGAACUUUGCAUAUCCCAUCUACACCCUCCUGUUAUCUUCCCAUGAUCCUGCAGCAGACAUUCUCAGAUGACGAAGAGGAGGAAAGGGAGGAUGAGGAUGAGGAGAGGGAAUCAGAAGAUGAAGAGGAGGAAGAGGAGAACAUUCUUUCAAGCCCCACCCUUUCCUCAUCAGAUCCGACCAACCAGCUGCUUCGGUUUGCUGACCUCAUCAGCCGAGAUGUCAUGAGGUAUUUUGGUCAUCGCCAAGAUGACCCGGACGCCUGUGACAUCUACAGCAACAUUGAUCACAUCUCCACAGCAACAAGUGGACAACGGCGAUACUAUGACGACCUAAUCAGGAUGGCAACAGGAAGCCCAGAAUCUGUCACCAGGGCCAACAGUCACCUGUGCGUUUCUGUUGCCAGGGGAUCUGGAGGUCUGGGUCCGUUGGCAGAGUUGUUUGACAAUCAGACUGGGAGGAGCCAGGCACACUGUCGGCCAAUGAGCAAGAGGCACCUCCCACUCAGCUUCUGGAACGAGCCAAUGCCAGUCAUGCUUGUAGACACUCUGAGUAAUUCUGAAAACACAUACAUUCAUGAUAACACACACAAUCAUGAUAACACACACAAUCAUGAUAACACACACAAUCAUGAUGUCGAACCUCAGAGCGAUCCCUACGACAUCAGGGCCAUCCCUGCGACCUCAAGGCCAUCCCUGCGACCUCAGGGCCAUCCCUGCGACCUCAGGGCCAUCCCUACGACCUCAGGGCCAUCCCUGCGACCUCAAGGCCAUCCCUGCGACCUCAGGGCCAUCCCUGCGACCUCAGGGCCAUCCCUGCGACCUCAGGGCCAUCCCUGCGACCUCAAGGCCAUCCCUGCGACCUCAGGGCCAUCCCUGCGACCUCAGGGCCAUCCCUGCGACCUCAGGGCCAUCCCUGCGACCUCAGGGCCAUCCCUGCGACCUCAAGGCCAUCCCUGCGACCUCAGGGCCAUCCCUGCGACCUCAGGGCCAUCCCUGCGACCUCAGGGCCAUGCAAAUCGGUGUUUUCAACUGCUGGACUAA